AUGUCUUUAUUUGUACCUGCCAGUCGUUAUUUCCAGGGCAGCGUCGUCGUUGGAGAAAAAAUAUACUUUAUAGGUGGCAUAGGAAGUUCAGGAAAAGGCACUAGUGAUUUUUUCUAUUUGAAUGUUUCUUCACCAUUCAAUGCUGCAAAUCCUGUAUGGACUGAUCUUACAAGCGUUGCACCUAUACCUGUCCUUAGUGCUUUCUCACCUUCCUGCGUUGGUGGGAGUAGCAAUUCUACUAUUUUUUUAUUCGAACAUCGUAGUACAAAUAAUGUUAAUUCAACUACUCUAGUGACCUUUGCUCUUGAUACAGCAUCUCCAAAAUGGACUACUUCAAUAACUUCAGGUGUUACACCACCAUCCAGACAAGAAAUGUCGGCAGUUGUUGAUAAAAAUG